AUGUCUACCUCUAUCGAAACCUCUGACAAAGCUGACCACCUUUGUGUCCUCGUCCAUGGCCUAUGGGGAAACCCUGAGCAUCUGAAAUAUGUCAGUACUACUUUGGGUGAAAGAUUCCCAGAGGACAAACUGCACAUCCUCGUAGCCAAGCGCAAUGCGGGUAGCUUCACGUACGAUGGUGUCGAUACUGGUGGCGAACGUGUCGCAGAAGAGGUAGAAGGAAAGUUGGAGGAGUUGGCCAAGGCUGGACACGACAUAACCAAGAUCAGUGUGGUUGGCUACUCUCUGGGGGGCUUAAUAGCACGCUAUGCCAUCGGCCUGCUUUUCCACAGAGGCAUCUUCGACAAGAUACAGCCAGUUAACUUCACGACAUUUGCGACACCACAUCUUGGCGUACGAACACCCCUCAAAGGCUACCACAGCCACAUAUGGAACGUCUUGGGAGCGCGAACGCUUUCCAUGAGCGGGAGACAAUUGUUUGGCGUCGACAAGUUUAGGGGUACGGGCCGAUCACUUCUGGCUGUACUCGCAGACCCUGAGAGCAUCUUCAUCCAAGGCCUCGCGCAAUUCAAGCACCGAAGUCUGUAUGCGAAUGUUGUAAACGACCGAACAGUCACGUACUACACCGCCGGCAUCUCCCAGACCGACCCCUUCGUCGACCCAGACGACAUCAAGAUAAACUAUAUACCGGACUAUGAGGAUGUUAUUGUGGACGGCAAGCAUCCAGUCUCGUCAAAGGAACCCGAAGAACCCCCAGCCUUCACACAGCGGCUGGCACAGGGCACAAAGACAAUACUAGGACGGGCCACUAUUGUCGCCGUCUUGACGGUCUUUGUGCCAUUUGGUGUGUCAGCCUUCCUCAUCAACUCAGCAGUUCAAUCGAUUCGUAGCCAACAGCGUAUAAGACUACACGAGGAAGGUAGAUCAGGCAUCGACUAUGCCCGCUACCGCAUACCGCUCAUGAUCAACGCUGUACGACGGGAGGCUGAGGGCAUGUACGGAAACGCAAAUCAUGCUCAGGAUCAAGAGUAUUUGAGCGAAGGCUUCGAACAUAUGGCUUCUCUCACUCAACCCACGUCACCACGGUUGACGCGCAAAGACAAUUCCGAUGUCGACUCGAUACAAGAGGAGAAGGACAGUGCGAAGCUCAACUUCCCGACGUUGGCCCUCACAGACGAUCAAUUCAAGAUGAUCGAAGGGCUGGACAACGUGGGCUUCACUAAACACCCAGUCUAUAUUCACAACCAUCGACAUUCCCAUGCGGCCAUUGUCGUACGCAUGAACAAGCCCUCUUUCAACGAGGGCAGAGUGGUUAUCAAACACUGGCUGGACAACUUUGAUCUGUAA